UUCCGGUUCUCGGGUAUGUUUUUUUUUCCCCAUCGCCGGAGAGAAGCAGAGGGCAUGAGGACGCCGGAGGGGGACUUUUAAUCUCCUACACACACAUUCACUUACAGCUCGGGUGUUGGAUAAUUACACACAAGCGGCGACUCCGACACAAGUUGGGGAAAGAAAAUCCGGCAGAAAACCUCCAGUGUUACCCUUCAGACCUGUGGGGGGGGGAAACAAUCCUUCUCUGGGACGUCAGUAAGAAGCCUGUCUUGCGUCUGUGGACUCGGGAGGUGACUUCGCGGAGUUGUCUUUCUCUGUGCUGGUAGCAGAAACACCCGGAAACACGCGCUGUUGUGUUUGAGCAGGAGCGCUCUCUGUAUUUUUUUUAUCAGACUGCGAUGCACCGCUUAAGGACUUGUGCGGCGCGGCUUCGGCCCAUCACGGCCUCUCAGACUGCUAAGAGCGUGACGCAGCAGAGGCCCGCGGCCACGCUCAGGACGUUUCAGCCGUUCAGGCGCUAUACCACGCCGGUGGCCGCCGAGCCAUUUCUGAACGGCACCAGCUCGAACUAUGUGGAGGAAAUGUACUACGCCUGGCUGGAGAACCCCAAGAGCGUGCACAAGUCUUGGGACAUUUUCUUCAGGAACGCUAACGCAGGGGCUCCCCCGGGCACCGCCUACCAGAGUCCUCCUCCGCUGGGCAUGAGCCUGGCAGAGCUGACUCAGGCCCAGUCUCUGGUUGGUGCUCAGCCCAAUGUCGAGAAGUUAGUGGAGGACCAUCUGGCUGUGCAAUCGCUCAUCAGAGCUUAUCAGAUCCGGGGUCACCAUGUGGCUCAGCUGGACCCCCUGGGGAUUAUGGAUGCCGAUCUGGACUCGUGCGUCCCCACAGACAUUAUUACAUCGUCGGAUAAACUCGACCUUACACAUUUCAAGGAUCGGCUAAGUGUUCUAACCGUCGGAGAGUGUGAAUACCAUUCUGACUUAUCGCACAGAGUAGAAAGCGGAUUCUACGGAUUGGAGGAGUCGGAUCUGGAUAAAGUGUUCCGCCUGCCCACUACCACCUUUAUCGGGGGCACGGAGAGCGCUCUGCCUCUGCGGGAGAUCAUCCGUCGCCUGGAGAUGGCGUACUGCCAGCACAUAGGAGUGGAGUUCAUGUUUAUUAACGACCUGGAGCAGUGCCAGUGGAUCCGUCAGAAGUUUGAGACUCCCGGGGCGAUGCAGUUCAGCUCGGAGGAGAAACGCACACUUCUGGCCCGUAUGGUCCGCUCCACCAGGUUCGAGGAGUUCCUUCAGAGAAAGUGGUCCUCGGAGAAACGCUUCGGGCUGGAGGGCUGCGAGAGUCUCAUCCCCGCCCUCAAAACCAUCAUCGACAAAUCCAGCGCGACCGGUGUCGACACAGUCAUCAUGGGGAUGCCACACAGGGGACGACUUAACGUGCUGGCCAACGUGAUCAGGAAGGAGCUGGAGCAGAUCUUCUGCCAGUUCGACUCCAAGCUGGAGGCUGCAGAUGAGGGUUCAGGAGACGUGAAGUACCACUUGGGGAUGUACCACAGGAGGAUAAACCGUGUGACGGACAGAAACAUCACGCUGUCUCUGGUGGCCAACCCGUCUCACCUGGAAGCCGCGGACCCGGUGGUGCAGGGCAAAACCAAAGCCGAGCAGUUCUACUGCGGAGACACCGACGGCAACCGGGUGAUGUCCAUCCUGCUCCACGGUGACGCUGCGUUUGCCGGCCAGGGCAUCGUCUACGAAACCUUCCAUCUGAGCGACCUUCCGUCUUACACUACACACGGCACCGUACACGUGGUCGUCAACAACCAGAUCGGCUUCACCACUGACCCCCGUAUGGCCCGCUCCUCUCCGUACCCUACUGACGUAGCUCGUGUGGUGAACGCCCCGAUCUUCCACGUUAACGCCGACGACCCGGAGGCCGUGAUGUACGUGUGCAACGUCGCCGCCGAGUGGAGAGCCACCUUCCACAAAGACGUGGUGGUCGACCUGGUGGGUUACCGGCGUAACGGCCAUAACGAGAUGGACGAGCCCAUGUUCACUCAGCCGCUGAUGUACAAGCAGAUCAAGAAGCAGAAGCCGGUGUUGCAGAAGUACGCAGAGAGACUCAUCGCCGAAGGAAUCGUCACACGGCAGGAGUAUGAGGAGGAGAUUUCCAAAUACGAUAAGAUCUGUGAGGAGGCUUACGCUCGCUCCAAGGACGAGAAAAUCCUUCACAUCAAGCACUGGCUGGAUUCCCCUUGGCCUGGUUUUUUCACACUGGACGGUCAGCCAAAAAGCAUGAGCUGUCCCUCUACAGGACUGAGUGAGGAGGAGCUCACACAGAUCGGUCAGGUGGCCUCAUCUGUCCCUGUGGAAGACUUCACCAUUCACGGAGGUCUGAGUCGGAUCCUGAAGGGUCGCGGUGAGAUGAUCAAGAACCGGACAGUGGACUGGGCUCUGGGAGAGUACAUGGCCUUCGGCUCUCUGCUCAAAGAGGGGAUCCACGUGCGCCUCAGCGGACAGGACGUGGAGAGAGGAACCUUCAGUCACCGUCACCACGUCCUUCACGACCAGAACGUGGAUAAGAGGACGUGUAUCCCCAUGAACCACUUGGCCUCCAACCAGGCUCCCUACACCGUGUGUAACAGCUCACUGUCUGAGUACGGAGUGCUGGGUUUCGAGUUGGGAUUCGCCAUGGCCAGUCCGAACGCUCUGGUCCUGUGGGAGGCCCAGUUUGGAGACUUCCACAACACCGCCCAGUGUAUAAUCGACCAGUUUAUCUGCCCCGGACAGGCCAAGUGGGUCCGUCAGAACGGCAUAGUCCUGCUGCUCCCUCACGGCAUGGAGGGCAUGGGUCCCGAACACUCAUCAGCUCGCCCCGAGCGCUUCCUGCAAAUGUGCAACGAUGACCCUGAUGUUUUCCCUAAAAUCACAGAGGACUUUGACGUGCGUCAGCUGUACGACUGUAACUGGAUCGUGGUGAACUGCUCCGCACCUGCCAACUACUUCCACGUGAUGAGGAGGCAAAUCCUGCUGCCCUUCAGGAAGCCUCUCAUCAUAUUCACUCCCAAGUCUCUGCUGCGCCACCCAGAGGCCAAGUCCAGCUUUGACCUGAUGCUACCUGGCACACAUUUCCAGCGUGUGAUCCCAGAAGAAGGUUCUGCAACCCAGAACCCAGCUGAAGUCAAACGUCUGAUCUUCUGCACUGGAAAAGUUUACUACGAGCUCACACGCGAACGCAAAACUCGCGACAUGGAGAACACCGUCGCCAUCGCACGCAUCGAGCAGCUCUCUCCGUUCCCCUUCGACCUGGUGAAAGCCGAGACGGAGAAAUACCCCAACGCCGACCUGGUGUGGUGUCAGGAGGAGCACAAGAACCAGGGUUACUACGACUACGUCAAGCCUCGCAUGCGCACCACCAUCGACCGCGCCAAGCCCGUCUGGUACGCUGGUCGUGACCCUGCCGCCGCUCCCGCCACCGGCAGCAAGAACUCGCACCUUCUGGAGCUGAAGCGCUUCCUGGACACCGCCUUCAACCUGGACGCCUUCAAAGAUCACGUCUAAUCUCGCAGAAUGCUUCUGUUAUUCCGCCCGCUCCAAAGCCCUAUCCAGCCAGGUCUCAUUAUCGUGCCCGAUGCUGCUUUUUUCAAUCCCGUACAUAACGCGCACACACACACACACACACACACACACGCGCGCACAUCCGCUUCAUCAGUCCCUACUCAUACACACAAAGAAACAGACAUAAUCUAGAAAUGAAGGGUAGUUCGUGAAAUGCACUUAGCACGUUUUUUCCCAUCUUUCACACACAAAUACACACACACCACGAUUCCUGAUUCAUUACCAGUCUGGAUUUCGUAUUAGAUAAUAUUGAGUUUAAUUUAGUUUCAGACAUGCUCCUGUGAAAAGGCCACAAAUAACAGCACAAGCGUACAUUGUUAAUAGCUAAUGCUGGCGUGUCAGUUCCACACAACACGAAAGCACAUCUCGGGAAUUGGCGGUGGUUCGCACCCCCUGUGGCUUUUUUUUUUUUUUUUUUUAGGUAUAGGUUUUUUUUUUGUUUGUUUUUUUUUGGACCGGGUUUUAUGAGUAUUAGCCAAAAAUGGAUGCAAAGGACGUAAGUAUGCGAUAAUGAUGGAAGGAAAGAACGUGGUCAGUCAACAUGAUGUGCAUUCACAUCACACGCCUUAAAAUAAAAAAAAAAAUUAUAAAAAAAAAAGCUAAGAAAAACUAAAUCGGAUGAGAUCUGUGUACCCCAAUACUCCUGUAUAAACGGUGUAAAUUGCUCUUCACUGCUUGAGUGUUAGUGCUCAUGCCAAGCUACUGACAUCUAAACUUACAUAUAAAUAUAUAUGUAUGUAUGUAUGUAUUCUCUUUGAAAGGCUUUAUUUUAUCUUCUUUUUCUUCUUCUUCCUUAGUUUUAUUUCUGCUUUAAUGGUCAUCAUGCGCACACACUAUCAGCUCAUUUGAAUGUGGCCUCAGUCAAUGGCGACGCACAACAGACUUCCUUACAAUUCUGUUUUUUUUUGUUUUGUUUUUUUUAACGUUGCGCGGUUGUAUUUAUAUGAACAUAUCCUUAUACAUGUACAUGUAUAACCAACGCAGAUCACGCCUCAUCCCGUUUCAGCAUGUUCUCAGGUGUGCACACUAAAACCACCUACACGUAUAACAAACUACACUUGAUCUGCUUCUCUUCUGCCACACCAUGUGCCAAAAAAAAGAAAAAAAAUCCCAAAACAAAAACUCGUGAUCGGCUGAGAGAACUCCCAGUGAAUCCUGUUAGUGUGCGGUCGUCCUGCAAGGAAAUGCUCGCCUGUCGCUCGAGGAAGCAGAUGAUUUUAUUUAUUUUUAUUUUAGGGAAACGAAAUCCUGUCCUUGUUUCUUCAUUCAAUAAACACAUUAUCUUCUCAGA